AUGUCUUCAGGAAGAGGUUUUGUCGAUAGACACGUACCUUCAGACACCAGAUUCUCUCGUGGAAUGUGGGAAUUAAAGGAAUCCGUGGCCAUCAAAUGGGCCAAUGACGUUGUAAAGCAGGAAUUAAAAGACGGAAAGGUGUACAGUGUGGCAGGAACUCAUCCUAUUCGCAACAGAGCCGACACGCUUAACAACCCACUGAUCACUGCAAUGUUGCAAUCUCCAGCACCUGGAGUGGUUUUGGGUGAAACUUACCACUAUGUUUCUGCUUACAAGAACAAUGGCGAGCCAAAAUUUGAUCUCACUCAUGAUGGUAACCAUGUUGCCAAAUUAACCAAGUCAGAGAACAACGUUGACGUUGAUGCUGGCAGUGGAUUGGUUGCCAAAGUUGGAACCGAGAAGUUCGGUAUUGAGUAUGAGGGAGAUGGCAAGUUGCUUACUAAAUUGGGCUUCAGAUCCGUGGGGUGGGUCCAAGACAGCCGUUUCCAGGACAAAUAUGGUCGCCCAACGACCUACACCACUCUUCAGUUCCAUCUCUCGGUAGGUGAGAAGAUCUAUGGUCUUGGAGAACGUUUUGGCCCAUUCCAAAAGAACGGACAGAGAGUGGAGAUUUGGAACGAGGAUGGAGGAACUUCGUCAGAGUGGACCUAUAAAAACAUCCCUUUCUACAUCUCCAGCCGUGGCUAUGGUGUGUUCAUUGACUCUUCAUCUGAUGUGAUCUUCGAGGUUCAGUCCGAGAGAACCACCAGGGUCAAUGUCACCAUUCCAUCGGAAGGAGCCAGAUGGUACGUGAUCUAUGGUCCAACACCCAAGGAGAUUCUACAGAAAUAUGCUAAAUUGACGGGAUUUCCAGCUCUUCCACCGGCAUGGACGUUUGGAUUAUGGCUCACCACUUCGUUCACCACUGAUUACGAUCUUAAGACUGUUUCGUCAUUCAUUGCAGGCAUGAAGGACAGAGAUAUUCCACUCAGAACGUUCCACUUUGACUGCUUCUGGAUGAAGGGUUUCCAGUGGUGUGACUUUGAGUUUGACCCAGACAUGUUUCCCGAUCCAGCAGCUAUGCUCAAACAGUUGAAGAAGGACUUUGGAAUCAAGGUAUGUGUGUGGAUUAACUCUUACAUCGCUCAGGAAUCAGCACUUUUCAAGGAGGCCGAUGAGAAUGGCUAUCUCAUUAGAAAUGUAGAUGGAUCCCUGUAUCAAACUGACUUGUGGCAGGCUGGCAUGGGAAUAAUUGACUUUACCAACCCAGAGGCGUACAAGUGGUUUCAGGGGCAGAUGGAGAAGUUGAUCAACAUGGGAGUGGACAGUUUCAAGACUGAUUUUGGGGAGAGAAUCCCAUGCAUUGGAGUUAAGUACCAUGAUGGAAAAGACCCUGUCGCGAUGCACAACUAUUACACCUACUUGUACAACAAGUGUGUCUUUGAAGUGUUGGAGAGAAAACUUGGUAAGAAUGAGGCCUGUCUUUUUGCUCGUUCAGCCACUGUUGGAGGUCAAAAGUUCCCUGUCCACUGGGGAGGAGAUUGUGAAUCAUCUUUUGAAGCAAUGGCCGAAAGUUUGAGAGGUGGUCUCUCGUUGUGUCUUUCUGGAUUCGGUUUCUGGUCGCAUGACAUUGGCGGCUUUGAAGGCGCAAGACCCGAACCUUCUGUUUACAAGAGAUGGUGUGCUUUUGGACUCUUGAGCUCUCACUCUAGACUUCAUGGCUCAUCCUCUUACCGUGUGCCAUGGCUCUUUGAUGACGAAGCAUGUGAUGUGUUGCGCAAGUUUACCAAGUUAAAGUUGGAAUUGAUGCCUUACAUUUACUCUACGGCAAUUAAUGCCCACGAGACAGCAACUCCUGUGAUGAGAGCAAUGCUUUUGGAGUUCCCAAAGGAUAAAGAGGCUUACAGUGCUGACACUCAAUUCAUGUUAGGUGAGAACAUUCUCGUAGCCCCAGUUUUCAAUGAGGAGGGUGAUGUUUCCUACUAUGUGCCCAAAGGUGAGUGGUAUGGAUACAUUGACGGUAAAGUCAGAAAAUCGACCGGAGAAUGGAUGGAGGAGAAGCACGAUUUCCUCUCCUUACCAAUUCUUGUUAGAGAGGGUUCUGUGUUUGUAUCUGGCCCCAACAAUGCUUCUGUUCCGGACUACGAUUACACCCUGGACUUUGUGGUGAACAUCUUCAGAAGCCCAGGAAAGCAAACGGUGAAGAUCCCAGAUGUAAAGAAGGCUGGAUCUUUUGCUGGUGAAGUGAUUGUAGAUGCUUCUGAAGAGUCCAUCAAAGUAAACGUUUCCACGAAGGGUAAGUGGCUGGUGAGACUUUUAGGUGUCGAGUCUGUCAAGUCGGAGUUUUCAACUGACUCAUUUGGAAAUGCUGUUAUCACUACUUCUGGUAAGACUUUGGAAAUCUCCUUAUGA